AUAGACUGUCAGUUGUGGUGCGUCUCGUGUGAGGGAAGGACGUGUCGCUCUGCCGCUGCCCGGAGUACAUGGCGCGGGGACCUUACUAGCACAGUGACAUAAGCUAAUCCAAAACAUGUGGUCAUUAUGAUAUUGAAAACAACAUCAGUGUGCAGUGAAUAAAUGUGGUGGUUGUGAUCACUCUGUAAAACCGAUCUGCGACCCCGAUAAAGAGUUAAGCAUCCAUGGAUAGAUUGUCAUGGAAUUAACAACUGUGAGAAAACCUAUACUAAGUGCACCCGGUGACCAAAACCCUCGAGGAUAAGAUCAAAGCGGACACCAACAACCAGCAUCAGAAGAUGGGCGUGGGAGUGCUGGAGGCGGUGCAGGAGGAGGAGGUGGCCACGCUGGAGGAAGCACGACGGUCCCUCACGGAACUCCGAGACAGGAACAAGGCGCAAUCACAUCUACUCGUCGCCUGGAAACGCAGACUCAAGGAACAGAACCUGCUGUUGCUGCACCUUCAGCGGGAACGAGAUGACCACCUACGCACCAUUCAGUCUCAGCUUUUGCUGUUCGAGUCACAGCUGCGGCGGCGACAGAAAGAAGUGGAGGUGUUGCUUCAGCAGAAAGAUGCCACUAUCCGUCAGCAGCAGCACAUCAUCGUCUCUCUGUCCCGGGCUCUCAACGCCAACCAGAAGGUGCGACAAGUGGCUGAAAACUCGAACCAAAAUGCAAAGGAACAAGGGAACAAGGCUCCUGGCAAGUCUAAAGAAACCCAGAACGGCGAGGACACACUUAACAAAGACGAAAAGACUUCAAGCUUGCUGAUCACAUCAACGAAGAGUGACCCGGAAAGCCUCAACGAUAGUGACAGCGCCAUUAUGCUUGAAGACAAUUUUGAUUCUCUCGUGUUGAUACCAAUGGGGAAGGGAGAAGUUAAAGUUGUGAGGAGUGUAUCAGAUGCUGUAGAGGUGGCCAAUAGGUCAUCUUGCUCUGCAACCAUGCCUGCUGUUAAUGCAAUGACAGCUUCAGGCAACAGUUCAUUACUUAAGCCUGGGUUUACCUCUGGUACUGGGCCGGGCUCUCUUUCGACGUCCCCUUCUUGUUCCAGUGAGGAAAGUGACGACAGUCCAGCGUGCACUCUUACCAAAGGCCGAGCGGAGUUAUUAAGAACAGUUUAUAGCUUAGAAGAGGAAGAAAUAUGUCACACACAUCAAGGACAUGACUCCUUACUGGAGGAUACCGUUUCACUGACACCCUCCCUCACUCCUUCAGUGACACCCUCCUUGCAGUCUAUCCUCAAAGUUACCUCACACUACGACUCAGAUGCUACGCUGAGUGAUGGAGAGAGUGAGGAGGAAGAGGAUAUUGUUCGCCACCUUGAUGAUUCAGCCAGUGACAGAAGGCGGCUAUUGGGAUCUUACGAAAAACUUAAUACUCUUGGUGCGACUCCAAUCAAAGUCAAGGCAGAGGAGGAGAUCCAGGUGACGUACAACCGCGUCAUGAGCAACCACAGAUCUGUCACCAAACCCAAAGAUGUCAAAUACAGGCGCAUCAACAAAGCCAAGUCAAGGUCGCUGGAAGAGCUAAGAGGAAAGCUUAAAUACUGGACUGAUCGAGGGGGCAAGCAGUCACUCUCUGUAGACCUGGACAACCACUCUUAUGCUUGAGUGACGAGUAGUGUGAAGCCCACCGGGAUCUUGAAGGCAGAGUACAAGGACAACGCUCCUGGGGGAUCAGUGAACAGUAAAUCUGAUCUACUCAGGGGACACAUGAGAGGGCAUCAGUGCUGUGGUAAAGCACGUACUGACGUUUAAAGGACACUCUUUAUAAUCCAUGUGUUGAAACACUUCUAAUACAUUCGUAUAUGUAUAUAAAAAAAUACGUUAGAAAAUUGUUGUCCUCAAUUUGUUUUAAACGAUGACUUUUUACAUUCUCUUCUAAACACAAGCCACCGAGGCAUUAUGUUAAUAUUUAUAUCUCCCAUCAAAGUUACCUACACAUGAACUUAUCCUGUGACCCAGUGUAUGGUGUGUAGUGGCUAGGCCCUUUAUCCACAGUAUCAAUGACGCCCACGUUACCAAAUCAAUUGCAGUAGUGUUGAGAGGACGUCUACUAUCCUGCCUCAGAAUGCCACUGUACAUUGGUCUAUGAGAGGAGUAGCUCUGAUUGAGUGUGGUGUUAUACUUCACUCAGAAAAGUAGUGACCUUUGGCACUCAUCUCAGCCAUCCAUUAAUGUGAAUCAUUAAAAGUGGAGAAUUUUGAACAUGGACAGAAGCGAUAAUCUCGACUUUUUUCGGAUAAAAUUUAAACCCAGUAGAUAUUUUUGUAGUUUCAUAGAAAUCGGGUGAUUUUAGCAACAGUUAUGUCUGUCACAGGAACUUUAUACGUACAUUGUAUAAAGUCUUGACCUGAGUUCUGGAAUCGGCGAGCCAACUAGAAAGACGCCGAAGCCACCCUCUGCCUCAACUAGUCUCAAUGUUUAGUGGACAACAAGACAUUCCGCUUCAAGCUGUGUCUUAGACGCAUCCUUAGCCGAGUUGGUCUUCGCAAUACAUUUACCCUCUUCUAACACUUUUGUGAAUAACUUCAUUUUCCUCAUCCAAAAAUGGAAUUGUAUAAACUUUGCCACAACUUUGUUGGGACCAAACUCCGUUAAGUUGAUUUAGGUAACUGCCGAAACACUUUUAAAGUACGUCCCCGGCGGGGGCUCUGACAGGAGCCCAGUGGCCUGUGGGACCAGUGACCACUAGACAAUCACUCUCACCACCAUGUCCCCCUACACUCCUCAUGUUUAUACUUCAGUAGUGGGUCCUUUUUCCUGCUCUCAUCGACACCCACCAGACAUGAUCAGAAUUUAGCCAUGAAACUAUUGUCAGAGUUGUACUCAGAUUUAAAUUCUUUGAAUUUAGCAAUGAAAUAAAUGAUUAAAUACUGUUGUUUUUGCCAGGGCAACAACCAUUUCAUUGACUUUAGUUGCUCCACCAUUUUUUCAAUAUAUAAUAUAUAUACUGUACUGUAUAAAUCAAAACAAAUGUGGGUAGAAAGCUUGCAUUUCUAGACAGGAAUACUUGCCCUACAGCUUUAGAAAUAAGUUCAGCUCAGUCAUGAGAGCAGACUAGGUAUCAACCACUAGCUCAUCAGUUCCUCAUUUCCAAAUACUGUACUCCUUCACUAUCUCCUUCGUCUACCACCCUUUACGCCUCCUCGUUACCUUCGUCUUUAUCAUCAUCUGCUGAGGUUGCUGAAGCUUUAAAUGUAUUUUUAAUCAUACAUGGAAAGUGUAAUAUGUUCCUGUGAAUUUCCAUACUUGUGUAUGUAAUGUAUAUACAGUAUUUGAUAAUUGUGAUAUGUAAUGUAAUUAAAGAUAAUGAUAAUU